AUGACUUACUUCGAGGACAAGGCACCCAACCUCGCUGCCUCAAUUAUCGCACUGGCUGUUGUUGCAUACAUGACAUUCGGGCUGCGAGUCUACACAAGAAUUCACAAUCAAGCUUGGGGUCUUGAUGAUUGGUCUAUGACUCUAGCGACUAUUCCCUUCACGGGCCUGACAAUAUCGUGUAUCGGCGGUGCAUUCAGCGGCGUCGGCAUUCAUGACAACAAACUCAGUCCAAGCGAGAAGGUUCAGGGAAUGCAGUUUUUCUUCUUCUUUGAAGUCUUUUACUGCGCGGCAAUCAUCCCGAUCAAGCUGAGCAUUUCCUUUAUGCUGAUCCGAAUCGCUUCGCGGAGGAAAACAUACAUUUACAGCCUGUAUGCUGUAUCUGCCAUGUUCGUCAUCAUGAAUCUCAUCGCCCUGCUGUACAUUAUUUUCCAGUGCGCUCCCGUGUCAUACGCUUGGGAUCAGUCAACACCUGGAGGCAAGUGUAAUCCUGCGCAGACACUUGCCGAUAUCUACUAUGCGACCACGGCAAUCAACAUUGCAACGGAUUGGUUUUGUGCCUUGCUGCCCAUACCGUUGCUGUGGAACGUGCAGCUUAACCGCAAUGCUAAGCUUUCCGUCGGCGUUAUUCUCGGUCUAGGAGCCUUAGCCAGUUUGUCUGCAUGCAUUCGCCUCAUUUACACGGUGAACCUUACGAGUUCGACUGACUAUCUCCACGGUGUAGCCGAUGUCAUUCUCUGGGGCUAUGCCGAAAAUGGCGUCGGAAUGAUUGUAGGAUGUGUCGCCACACUCCGUCCUCUACUGCAGCGCGUCCUCAAACUCGGUAGCAGCGGCAGUAGCGCAACCCCACAGACACCCGCAGCAGGCUAUGCAAAGCGACCCGCUGUCAAGAGCCAUUUGACCGGCAGAGACGAGGAAUGGGUCGCGCUUGAAGAUGGCCAGACGGUAAACAUGGUGCGUGGACAGGGUAGCGUCGGAAGCGAAGAGUUUAUCCUACCGUCCAAGGACUACCGCGGCAUUCACGUCACCAGCACAGUUGAGCAGCGAACAAGCUCACUGAAGCUGUAA